AUGUUAGGACUCUGGUUUGCUGCUAUUCUCAUCCUUGUUUUUCUUUACCAGCGACUCUCGAGCCCCAUAUCUAAACUCCCUGGUCCUUGGUAUACCAAGCUCACAAGUCUGGUUAUAAAGUACCAUGAGUUUUCGGCCAGCCGUCGUGUGUUUAUCCAUCAGUUGCACAAGCGUUAUGGCACUAUUGUACGGAUAGCCCCCAACGAGGUCUCCUUUGCAUCCUUGGAUGCCAUUCGAGAAAUUUACGCGUCAGGUGGCAGUGGCUAUGACAAGACGGAAUUCUAUGAUCUUUUUCGGCAGUUUGGGAUCAAGACCAUGUUUUCUACACUUGACAAACAAACGCACAGUGAGAGAAAGCGACAACUAGCCGAUCGAUAUGCCAUGUCCAAUAUACUGCGAGAACAUCACAUUUCAGCGAUCCGACAUAGCGCUAAAGCUUUCGUGUCCAAGUGUGCUGCUGUGGCGAAGAGUGUGGAUGUCUAUGUCUAUCUACAUUGCUAUGCACUUGACUGCGUAACACACUUCAUGUUUAGUCCUAGCGGACUGAAUUCUCUCACCGAUGAUAACGACUUUGAGCUGAUGGAGGAAUUAACGUACCAUAACAGCUUGCAAAAAAAUCUACUUCCUUACUACCUGCCACGGCUGGCACCAUAUUUCCCUUCUUGGCUGCUACCUCGUCGGGCCCCAAAGGCCAAUAUGUACGUCCAUAGAGUCACGGCCGAGACCAACCCAGACGAACAUAGUCUCCUUGCUCGUCUCUUGCGGAAGGAUGCAUCACUGUCAAAAUCGGAAGCAGCAGCAGAAUGCAAAGACCAUAUGGCGGCAGGAAUCGACACAACAGGCGAUGGCUUGUGCUUUUUGAUGUGGGAGUUAUCGCAACCGCACAACUUUCGAUUCCAAGACCGGCUUUAUGAGGAACUUCGCUCAGCACCAGAAGAUACCCCUAUUGAUCGAUUGCCGUACCUCGAUUCCGUAAUCAAGGAGGCCCUACGCUGCGCACCGCCAAUUCCCAUGUCGUUCCCUCGUUAUGUGCCAAGGGGUGGCAGAACGAUUGAUGGAGUAUUCAUCCCUGAGGGCAACAUUGUCAGCUGCCAGCCGUACACUGUACAUCGGCUGGACACAAAGGUAUUUCCGGAACCAGAUAUGUUCAACCCGGAUCGCUGGACGAAGGAUGAAGGUUUCAACGAGCGCAACCGAUUGUUCUUUGCCUUUAGCACCGGAGGAAGAGGCUGCACUGGAAGAAAUCUGGCGACUGUCGAGAUGAAAAUCCUUCUCCAAGAAGUUUACUCUCGGUUCCGGACAACAGUAGCCCCGGACAUGACUAGCUCCAUGGAGAUCGACGACCAGAUCAUUGCUUCUCGGCCGAAGGGACAGAAGUGCAGGCUUAUAUUCACUCCCCGUGAGAUAUGA